ACCGAGAUUGAAUUUCCUCGGAACAGCAUUCCUGAAAAAUUUCAAGAGUGGACAAACAUGAGGGCAUACGGGACGGACAAUAUUGUGGAUGUCGCUCGAGCAAACAAGUGGCGCUGGAGGACCGACAGCGCCGAUUUAUUUGAAGGACGCCACGGACAGAGAACCCGCCAAGCAGCAGAAGAGGAACAAUGUGAGAGCUCAAGUUGGGGUCCAGCCAUCUAGACUCGCAGUUCCACAGGAGAGCCGUCGGCAGGACACUCGAACUUGGGAUGGACGACGGUGACCAACAGGGUGAGGAAAAAGCAGGAGAGAAUGAUAAAGACAUGAAAAACCAGAUGAAUAUUGUGGAAAAGGGCGUGAGGGAGAUUAAUAUACAUGAGAGAGAGAAGAAGAGGCGCGGAUGGACGCUGAGCGAGCGACUGGCCAUAAAUGUUUCGGGGAUGCGCUACGAAACCCAACUUCGCACCUUAGCCCAGUUCCCCGACUCCAUGCUGGGCGACCCGCAAAGAAGAUCGCGCUACUUUGACCCCUUGCGAAACGAACUCUUCCUGGACCGCAAUCGGGCUUGCUUCGACGCCAUCCUCUAUUUCUACCAGUCAGGCGGGCGGCUGCGGAGGCCCGCCAACAUCCCCCUGGACAUCUUCAUGGAUGAGCUUUUGUUCUACGAGCUGGGAGAGGACAUCAUGAACCGCUUUAAGGAGGACGAAGGCUUUACCAAAGAGGAAGAGAGGCCGCUGCCCGCCAACGAAAUGCAGAAAAGACUUUGGAUGCUUUUUGAACACCCGGAGUCUUCGUCGGCCGCUCGCAUCAUCGCCAUCAUCAGCGUCAUGGUUAUUGUGGUGUCCAUCCUCAUCUUCUGCCUGGAGACGCUGCCGGACUUCCGCGUUGAGAAGGAGACACGAGAGGAUCAUCUUCACAAGCACCACGGCCAAGGGAGGAACGUGUCCGAGGCCAGGCCUCCACCUGCCAGUGUUUUCAACGACCCCUUCUUCAUAGUGGAGACCGUUUGUAUCUUCUGGUUCUCUUUUGAGCUCAUCAUGCGCCUUUGCUGCUGUCCCAGCAAGAUACACUUCUUCAAAGACGUCAUGAACAUCAUCGACUUCAGCGCCAUUUUGCCCUAUUUCGUCACUCUGGGAACGGAGCUCGCUAAGGAAAGCGAAACCAGCCCGGCCACUUCCUUAGCUAUUAUCAGAGUCAUCCGACUGGUGAGGGUGUUCAGGAUCUUCAAAUUGUCCCGUCACUCUAAAGGUCUUCAGAUCCUCGGUCAGACGCUGAGGGCGAGUAUGCGUGAAUUGGGCCUUCUGAUUUUUUUCCUUUUCAUCGGCGUCAUCAUUUUCUCCAGCGCCAUCUACUUCGCCGAGGCCGACCACAACGACACGGCCUUUGUCAGCAUCCCGCACGCUUUCUGGUGGGCUGUGGUCACCAUGACAACGGUGGGCUACGGAGACAUGUACCCGCAGACGGUUUGGGGGAAACUGGUGGGCUCCAUGUGCGCCAUUGCCGGCGUGCUGACCAUUUCCUUACCAGUGCCGGUCAUCGUGUCUAACUUCAGCUACUUCUACCACCGGGAGACGGAAUGCGAGGAUCGCUCCCGCUACAGUCACGUCACCAGCUUGCCGUGGGAGGACGAGGACCCAGAGGAGGGAGAGGCACAAGAAGGGAACCUGGAUCCCGAGGGGGAUUAUUAUGCAAUCGGAGGCACCUAUAACAAUCUCAACGGGACCGUUUUGGCUAACGUGGGACAGAGUGCUGAGUAUGAAGGAAUUAUCCGUUUAAGGGAACCGCUGGUCACCCAGGUGUGAAAAAGAAAAACAAACGAGUGACAAAACGUUUACUUUGAUCAUUCAAAUUUAGUCUUACAGAACCUGUCGAAUUUGUAUAUUCUCAAGUUCCCUCAUCCCUUUUUUUCUUUGCUUGACUUUUAAAAUGUGUGUCCACACACUAUGACGUCUUACUUUACUCCCACCUUUUUUUAACUGGAAACGUUGAGGCGGUCUCUAUGAAAAAACAAAAGCCCUUGUUGCAAACACAACCAGAGUUCUCGUAAAUUGAAGACGUCAUUCUCGGCAUUCUUUCGGUCGUACACAAACGUUCAGAGCUUUGGCCUACGUGAGCUGAGUGGACUGACCUCAUCAUAACAAUGAACGAGAACAUCCGGCAGAUUUGUGAUUUGUUGAAAACACCGACGCUACUGUUACGUACUCAGCCUUUGAAUAAAUUCUCUAUUUUACUAAA